GAAUACUCAGAUUUCCAGUACAGACGGAGACACAGGCAGAGGCGUAGAGGAGACCUUCUCAGACUGCACAGCCUUCGCAGUAACACCCCUGAACCACAUGACUCCAAUGACAACACUUUAGAAACACAUGAGGGAGGCAAUACAUCAAGACAUGGGAUCGCCACGGAACUUGGGUCUCUGGAUGAAGAUGACCCCAAUAUUUUGUUGGCUAUUCAGCUGUCCCUACAGGAGUCCGGGCUGGCCUUGGACCCCGAGUCUCAGGAUGUGCUCAGUAACGAUGCCUCUGUUGGUGCCAGUGGUUCCUCUCUGCCCUCUAGACUGGAUUCUGCCCCCCAUACUGGGGAUCCCCCCCGAGCUUCCAUGAGCAGCUCUGAGCUUCUGGAGCUGGGAGACAGCCUUAUGAGACUGGGCAACAUUACCAGUCACUAUACACCCUUUAACAUGAAUUCCUACCCUGAUGCCUUGGGUAACGCCUUCACCCCUAGUGACCCAGACUGCCUGGACCCUUCCACCAAUGCCAACCUGCUUGGCAACAUUAUGGCCUGGUUCCACGAUAUGAAUCCACAGAGCAUUGCACUGAUUCCCUCAGCCGCUGCAAAUGCCAGUCCUGAGCUACCUGUUUUUGGAGAGGGACAAUCUGCCCCUCCAAAAAGCGAGGAGAAUGAGGUGGGGAGUCCUGAGCAGUGCUCCCUAUCGCUAAUGAAAGAGAGCGGAGAUGUGUUGGCAUCGCAGCUUUUGGAGCUAGAAUGUGUGGAUGAUGCACAACCUUCUAAAGCAGAGCCAGACUUGGAGGGUUCGAGUGGCAGUGUAGAUCUCACUAGCGCAGUUUGUCCGGAGAGCAGUACUGAUCGGGAUCCGCAGGUAACCGACCUCUCCUUCGAGUGGGAGGAAGAAGUGCACCUAGUGUGA